AUAACCUGCCACUUCUUCCUUGCCGGAUCGUGACUGUUAGCUGCUCUUUGAUCAGUGUCCUGAAUUUUUGUUGUCUUAAGGAAUCAGCGAAAGGACCAGAGAUUUUUUUUAGUUCUUUAGGGUAUUUGGUACCAACGAAUAUGGCGAAGUUCGUGAGAUCAUCAAAAUUUCGACAUGUGUUCGGCACAGCAGCGAAAAAAGAUAAGUGCUACGAAGGAUUCCAAGUUUCAGGAAAUUCCGUAGACUCGGCAUACUGUGCAGUUAAUCCUAAAUUUAUUGCUAUCAUUUUAAAGUCUGCUGGUGGUGGUGCCUUCCUUGUACUGCGACAUGACGAGGUGGGACGCUUGGAUCCUGAUCAUGGCCGGGUGGGGGGUCACAAACAAGAUGUGUUGGAUGUUGCCUGGAAUCCUUUUGAUGACAACAUGAUUGCAUCAUCAUCAGAAGAUACCACUGUGAAAAUUUGGCAGAUUCCAGAUGAGGGCCUGGGCAAACAAAUUCUUCAGGAACCUCUAUUAACUCUGGAAGGAACUUCUCAUCAAAGAAAAGUGCAUCAAAUCCUGUGGCAUCCUGUUGCAUCCAAUAUUCUACUUAGCGCCAGCUUUGACCCAAUGAUUAUUAUCUGGAACUUGGAAACUGGAGAAGCUGCUGUAGAAAUUGACUGUCACCCAGAUCUCAUACAUUCUGUUUCGUGGAAUACCGUUGGAAGCAAAAUUGUCACCUCCUGCAAAGAUAAGAAGAUAAGAGUCAUUGAUGUGCGCAAAGGAGAAGUCAUUUGUGAAACUGCAGGCCAUGAGGGAGCAAAGCCUCAGAGAGUGGCAUUUUGCAGUGAACUGAAUUACAUUUUCUCUGUUGGAUUUUCAAAGAUGAGUGCAAGGCAGUAUGCAGUUUGGAAUGCGGAUACUCUGGAAAAUCUGGCCAUGGAGGAAAUUGACCAGUCCAAUGCCGUGCUGUUUAUACACUAUGACCCUGACACAAAGAUGAUUUAUUUGGCUGGCAAGGGAGACAGCAUCAUCAGGUAUUAUGAACUGGAUAAGGAAUCUCCACACUGUCAUUGGUUGACCAAUUAUAGCACCAAUGUACCCCAGCGAGGUGUCUGUUUCAUGCCAAAACGUGGUUGUGAUGUCUCUCUCAAUGAAGUUGCAAAGUGCUUUAAGCUUGUUGCCAAAGGAUACUGUGAACCAGUCAGUUUUACAGUUCCAAGGAAGUCAGAACUUUUUCAAGAGGACCUGUUUCCAGACACACAAGGCGAUGAACCAUCUCUUUCUGCUUCCGAUUGGUUAGACGGAAAAGAUGCAGAACCGAAAAAGAUUUCCUUGAGGCCAGGAGGAGAUGGAGCUGCAAAGGCUGCCAAGAAACCCAAAAAGGGGCUAGGUGGGCUUGGUAAGAUGGCGCCAAAGAAAAAAGAGGCAAAAGCUGAUGAUGAAGAAGCGGAAUUGAUCGAGACAGUGAAGCAGCUUAAACUCAAGGUGGAGGAACAAGAAAAGCGAAUCAAAGCUCUGGAGGACAAAGUUGGACACUGAGAAUUAGACUUAAACUUGAAAGAAUGGCUCAACAAUGAAGUUUCUAAGCUACUAGAGUUUAAAAUUGUACCAGUGGUGUUCUGAAGCAGCUUGGUUGUUAAGUUUGUAAGCAUGAGAACUGUAUUUUUCCAUUUCAAAUAAUUUUUAUUAAAAUGUUAUUGCUAUUGAA